AUGAAACUUUGCGAGAAGCUGUGCUUUGUUGUAGCAAUGUCUGUUAUUCUUACUACAAUGUGUUUCGCUAUUAUCAGACCGGCACUUGUGUUAUACAGCUUCUCUUCUCUUUUCAUCCUUUUAUACCUCCUGAGAGUUUACAACUACUGGAAAAAUAAAUACUUAUUGUUCAUGUUGGACCCAUGCUACUUUAUCAACUUUGUGUCAUUGAUCUUCAUCUGGUUAUUGCCGCAAUCGCACGCCAUGCAGUUGUUCCACUUUGGUCUUGCCAAUUCUCUAGCUUUCGGUGGGGCGUUUCUAUUCCGUAACACCCUUGCUCUGCACGACAUUCAAAGACUUACUUCGUGUUUUAUACACGUCUUGCCUGCCCUUUUCUCAUUCUUAAUUCGGUGGCAUCCAUCGGAAACAUCAGUUUGGUGGUAUACCAACUUAUAUGAUUCCCAUGCUUCUCUAGAAUUGUUGUCCUGGAAUAAAGAUAUCGACUGGUUCUGGCUUGUUGCAGCUCCUACUUUAUUCCAUUUCGUACGUGAGAUGCUAUAUUAUACUAUAAUUUAUGGAAUUGUCAAACCCAGUGAUGAUUAUUUAGAUAGUUUCCGAUAUUUACAUAAAAAGAAAAUUCUAUGGCGUUUCUUCUGGAAAUAUAUUGGUGAUCGAUGGCAUUUGAUUAGUUGGAUAGCUUGCAGUAUCAUACUGUCUACAAUUCUCCUGUUAGUUGCUGUCGUUGCAUGGUGCAAUUAUCUAUUCCAUGCAUCUAUGUUAAUUAUUCAAACAUUAACGCUAAUAUGGAAUGGUGCAUGUUUUUAUUUAGAUUAUUUCCCCAUUGAAUAUACACGUAAUUUACGAAUAGAACCAGAACAAGGUCUGAUUACUGUAACUAAAACUGAAAAUCACAUUGAUAAGAAUAAUGAUAUAGAAAUAGUUAAUGAACGUAUAAUAAACGAUGAUGUUUAUAACAACAUAGCUGCCAGUGUAUUUUCAUGUUAUCCAACACCAGAUGAAUCAAACUCGAGAGUUUAUGAAGAUGGGCAUAUAACAGUUGAUGAACAAAAGGGAUUGAAAUAUGAAAGUAAUACUUCUCAUUAA